AAAUUCUGUCUGCUUGAAUCUCGUGAGCUUGCUUGGAUCUCCUUCGUUUCCUCGGUUCUUCUUCAAGGUGUAGGAGUUGUGUGGCUGGUCACUGUUGGACUCUUUCUCUCUCUCUUUCUCUCUCUCUCUCUCUCUAUCUCUGUUGCAAACCCACACCUACGGCUGUCCGGGGACCUCCGAAGCCUGCCAAGAGAAGCCAUGGAAAAGCAAACAGCAGAAGCAAUUGCGAAGAAGGGUCUCGCCUUCAUCAAGAGUGCUGCGAAGACUGGAGCGGCGGCCUUCUCGCAAGGCGUUGCUACCGUGAGGAAGGGCUACGCGACAAAGCAUGAGGCCGACGUGCUCUCUGACCUGAAAUCACAGGGUCUGCACCCUGCCGAGCAUCUUCAUGCAGCAUUGCGGAAGCUCAAUUACUUAUAUCUGUCGGGUUAUAAACAUGAGUUGCAAGCCGUCGCCCAGCAAGCUGCAAAGAGACUGACCGAUCCGGAGCGCAGCACUGUCCCGCUGGAUUCCCUGCUGUGUAUGAGCUCAGCAAUAUGCGAGGAAUCGCUCAAACAUGGCGAUUUUAACCAGGGAAAGUUAUUUCAAGGCUUUCAAGACUUCUUGAACAAAGCAAAGAUGGGCAGUAACCACUUUGAUCGUGACAAAUUAAGCCAUGAUUUAUACUACUCCACCCUAUAUAUUGUAGAGGAGUAUGAAGGCGCUUUGCCUGAGAUGGACAAAAUUUGCCGGGAAGUAAUUUCACAUGUCAUUACAACAGCUCCCACUCCGGACGUUACAUCCUUGCCUGUAUCAAAAGACCCCACCGAUUCCCCACAAUAUAAUGCUGCAAAAUCGUGUUUCUAUUAUUUUAUGGCAUUAAAUAGAGCAGCUCAAGAGCUGGACGAUAAGAGAAUGAAAGCUCUUCGUGAAGCAGAGGCUCUGGUUCAAAGAGAGCAGGAAAAGUGUAAGCACCAUAUAAUUAUUUUUCUUUCCGUGCAAGAAUAUACGGAACGCAUGCGUAAGGAAAGGUUCAAUUUGAACAGAGGGUUACACAAUCGUCGCAGAGGCCUUCCCCACAAGCGUAACCACAUAGCAGAAACUUGAUUUGUUUGUGAUCCAAACUCGCAAACCUCAGAUAUACUUUCCAUAGAUUGAGACGAAACGGCUUGUCAAAGAACAGGAACCAGAAGUGGAGAAAUUUGAGAUGAGAUAGUGCAACAGAAAUUGUUGGAAGCAGGAGAGAUGACUUGGUGAAUCGAACUUGUGGGUGCACCUCUAAUUUGACCAAGGGUGUUGAAAUCACUCUACUGGGAUGUCCAUCGAGGUGUGAAUUCUUCAACAAGAGUAUUUAUGUUGUCUCCCAACUUUGGAGGACAUGAAUGCAGAGCUGCAAAAGAGGCACAAAAAUGCACUUGGCUUUAUGAAACAAUAUAUAUACCAACUCAAGGUGCUGUGGGCAUGUCAAGAUAUUGCAAUAUUACUGCUGAUAUCUUCACUUUACAUGAAUGAGAGGUGCACUGGACUAAGCUCAUUGUCCGUCCUCAUUUUGUUGUUGGAUAUCUAUAACACAAUGCAGGGGUUACAUAAAGAUAGAUCGGUACAUAGAUAGAAAUGUAUUGACUCUAUAUUACAUUUCUAAACAAUUCUCUUUUGUAGAAUAAAAUUACAAUAUUUUAAUUAACAAAAUGAUGCCAUGUAUGUAAUAUUCAUCCAGAACUUUAUUUCUUAGUUCAUCAGGCCAGUCCUCCAAAAUACUUGCCUGGUUUUAAAUGGGUUAGAGCUCCGAAUUCAUGGUUGCUCUAGAAUCCCAAGACAACAUGAGGGGGCACUGCUGUAUGUAACGUUUCAUAAAGUUACUGCACUUUUUUAAAUAAUUAGAAUCUGAUGUUUGCAAAUGUCCAUGUAAAAUUAUUUCAACUUUUAUUUGAAGUUUAAUGCACAUAAUCUUUGUGAA